AUAUAGGUAAAAAUGGAGCAAAAUAACGACAUCGACAGCUUAUUCCCAGAGUUCAUCACAGAUGAUGAAGAACAGAUGGAGAAAAAUAAGGUAUAUCGCUCCUUAGAACUAAAAACCAAAGAGUUCAAGACUAACCUGACUAAAAGAAAAGCCAAAAGAGCUCAGUAUAAAUCUAACAGUACGAAGGCAUUCUUCUGAGAGAGUGGAUACUCCAAGAAGACAAUGGCAAUCGCAUCUUCGAUAAGAAGGAAAGAGAACUUUUUGAGGAAGAGUGGCUCCCAGAUGCCAUCCUUUAAGGUUAUCGAAAUCCUCAAUGAGAUAAGAAAAAUGAAGUCUGAGGAUAAAGACGACAACUCUGGAGGCAUCAAGAUCAAUUCUGACUAGUUUAUCCCUAAUUACAUAUAAUUUUCAAUCC